GGGGCGGCCGGGGCUCCGGGAGCUGGGCCGGGGGCGGGCCUCCCCGCCUGCCUGCGCCCGAGCCCGGAGAGAGCCCGGCGCGGCGGCCGCACACUCACCGCCGCGGUCUCUGCUCGCCGGAUCCGCAGGCGCAAGGCUCCCCGGCGGCCCGAGUGCGCGCACCGUGAGGACACGCCGGGCGGCGCGGCGCGGAGCGGAGCGGGCCGCCCUCGCCCCCGCCGGUCCCCCUCCCACGCGCGGACCGGCCCGGCGCAGCCCCGGCGCGGGGAGCGCUGGCCGGGCGAGGAGGGCGCGGGCGAUGCCGCGGUGACGGCCCCGCCAUGGCGAAGCCCCCGGCGGCAGCGGCGGCCGCGGCGGCGGCGGAGGAGCUGAGCCAGGUGCCGGACGAGGAGCUGCUGCGCUGGAGCAAGGAGGAGCUGGCGCGGCGGCUGCGGCGCGCCGAGGGCGAGAAGGUGGGCCUCAUGCUGGAGCACGGCGGCCUGAUGCGCGACGUGAACCGGCGGCUGCAGCAGCACCUGCUGGAGAUCCGCGGCCUCAAGGACGUGAACCAGCGGCUGCAGGACGACAACCAGGAGCUGCGCGAGCUCUGCUGCUUCCUGGACGACGACCGGCAGAAGGGGCGCAAGCUGGCGCGCGAGUGGCAGCGCUUCGGGCGCCACGCGGCCGGCGCCGUGUGGCACGAGGUGGCCCGCUCCCAGCAGAAGCUGCGCGAGCUCGAGGCGCGCCAGGAGGCCCUGCUGCGCGAGAACCUGGAGCUCAAGGAGCUGGUGCUGCUGCUGGACGAGGAGCGCGCGGCGCUGGCAGGGGGCGCGGGCGGCCCCGGCGGCGGGGGCGGCGGCGCGGGCUCCCGCAGCUCCAUCGACAGCCAGGCCAGCCUGAGCGGGCCGCUGGCGGGCGGCGCGGCGGGCACGGGGGCCCGCGACGUGGGCGACGGCAGCAGCACGUCGAGCGCGGGCAGCGGCGGCAGCCCCGACCACCACCACCACCUCCACCACGUGCCGCCCCCGCCGCUGCCCCCGGGGCCGCACAAGAUCCCCGACGGCAAGAGCGCGGCCACGCGCCGGUCCCUGGACGACCUGUCGGCGCCGGCGCACCACCGGAGCAUCCCCAACGGCCUGCACGAUCCCUCGGCCACCUACGUCCGACAGCUGGAGACCAAGGUGAAGCUGCUGGAGGGUGACAAGCUCCUCACACAGCAGGCGGGCUCCGGGGAGUUCCGGACGCUGCGGAAAGGCUUCUCGCCGUACCACUCGGAGUCCCAGCUCGCCAGCCUGCCCCCCUCCUACCAGGACGCCCUGCAGAACGGCCCGGCCUGCCCGGUCCUCGAGCUGUCCUCGCCCCCCUCCGCCGGCUACAGCCCCGCGGGACAGAAGCCCGAGGCGGUCGUGCAUGCGAUGAAGGUCCUGGAGGUGCAUGAGAACCUGGACCGGCAGCUCCAGGACAGCUGCGAGGAGGACCUGAGUGAGAAGGAGAAGGCCAUUGUCCGCGAGAUGUGCAACGUGGUCUGGAGGAAGCUGGGAGACGCUGCCAGCUCCAAGCCCUCCAUCCGGCAGCACCUGUCUGGGAACCAGUUCAAGGGGCCUUUGUAGGCCUCUCCUCCUCGGACGUGGACUGUCCCUGCCCGGGAGCCCCAGGGGAGCGGCAGGCCUUCCGGCCGAGCCCCUGAAUUCUUCUUCUGUGACGCAUUGUACAUAGGACGCUGCCUGUGUGGCCCGGCAGCCGCAGGUGCGGCCCCUGCCGGCCGGGCCUCCACCUCCCUCAUCUCACACCAGCACCCGGGGAGGCGAGCCAGCCGCCGGCUGUCCCCGCUCCGGGCCAGGCCUCAGGCUCGCUGUGCGAGGACGGAAGGCUGCUCCGAGCCGCCCAGCCCAGGGCCCAUGCCAGGCUGCGCCCAGCACCUCACGAAGCCCUCCAUCUGCCGGCUGCCACCGCACCGGACAAAGGCCACUGGCCGCCGGACCCGGUGCCGGGGCGCCACCUCCCGUCCACCGCUGUGACUUGAACGCCGGCUCCCCGAGCACCGAGUCCCGAGAGCCACGGGCAGGGGCGCACCUCAGGCCCUCCCUCUGGCCUGUGCCUGCCGCCUCCUGCCAGCUGCCGCUUGUUUUUAGAAUCCACCCCCCCCUCUCUCCCCAGCGUCACCCUGCCCCGUGCCAGGUGGGCCCUGUAUUUUGGGGACCCUUCUGCCCAUGCAGCUCUGCCUCCACGGUUCACUUGGGGCCAGGACGCAGGAAGGCCGAGUGCAGUCCCCGGCGGAGCCCGCGCGUCCCUCUCCCCGGAUGGGAAGCGCCGGUCACAGCUGGGCCUCCGGGCCACUGUGGAGUUCCCCCCGGAACCCGGCCCCAUCCUCCGCCACUGGACAGAGCCGCGCAGCUGCAGUGACAGGAGUUCUGUCCCCCUGGGAGGAGCCUGUCCUGGCCCCAGCUUUCAUUUCCUGUGUGACCUUCAGCACGUCACUCAGCCUCUUAGGCCCGUGGUGUGAAGUGAGGUCUGGGGUCCUCGUAGCCGGGCUGGUGGUAGAGGCCAUCACUAUGGUCAGCUGUGCUCACAGCAUUGAGCCGAUGGCGGUCUGCUGGAGAGGCCGCGGGGGCAGGGCUGAGUCCUGCUGCCUCCUCCUCCGGGGGACAGUCCCUCUCCUCCCUGAGCCCAGUGCCCUCCGAGGGAGCGUGGGAGCAGGAGGGCCUCCUCGUAGGGGCCCGGGGAUCCAGUGAGACCAUCAGUGUAAAUGACCAUGUGUCGGCCGUAAAGUGCAGUGAGUACAUUUCACAUUCAUGUGUGAGGAAAAUGAGGCUCAGAGGGGGUAGGCGAUCAGUGGCCUGACCGGUGAGGCCUAAGAAGUAGGCAGGCCACUGUCAGUGCGGGUGGAAGGCCCUGUCCACUCGCCCCACCAGCUCGUCCGUCCUCGGACUCCCAGGUCCUGAGGGCUGCCCGCGGCCUUGCCCCAGGCCAUCUUUGCAUCAGGCAGCCUUGUCCAGGCCCACGUGAGGGACGGGAACCAGGACCGGGCAGUUCCUGCUGUCACUGGCCAUUGGCGCCCUUGGGUUGUGCACUCGGGAGAGGCUCUCGGUCCUCCUCGUGCCCAGGGGUGGAAGUGGGUGCUGCCCUGGGCAUUACCGGAGCCGUGGGCUUUCGAAGGACCUUCCAUCAGUUUGGGUGGGAGCUCCCUGUCACAUGGUGGUGGGUGACUCCUGCACAAGGGGUCAGCCAGCUGGGGUCAGAGGCCCCCCCCUCUGGUUGUGGAGUCCAAAGAACCACGAGCAGCCAAGAGGGAAGGGGCCAUCUGGGUGGGAGCCACGUCCGGGAGCCCGUUUGCCAUGUUCGGUCAGGUCGGCUUUGCCUCGACUGAAAAUAAGCAAUAAGGAAGGCCGCCUGGUACCUGCCGACGCUGCACACUGGCCCGGGGACAGCUCACCGGGGCCCGCCCCCUGGAGGGAGGUGACCUGUCCCGAGGCUGCGGUGUGCAGGGAGCAUGCGGAGUGGUCCUGCCGGAGACCUUCCUGCCCAUCCCUGACCCAGCCCUGCGAGGGAUGGCGCUGUGCCUGACGGCAUCUCCCAACGUAAUCCGCUGAGAAAUGCCAGCGGCAGAGCAGCGCUGCCUGACCCCACUGCGCCAUGUGCAGUUGCAGGGGGCUCACAAGCUGGGGUGGGGGGGUCCCAGCUCUGCCACUAACGGGUGUGUAGGUGACACUGGGUGACCCUCCGCCCCUGGAGCCUCAGCUGAGCUCACGGUGGGUGGGGUGCACUGGCCUCGGUGUCCUUUCACAAAGGCCCCUUUGCUUUCCCAAUCCUCUGCUUCUAGAUCCCGCAGCCAUGGGGACCCACUGUGACGGAGACCACCCUCUCCUCCCCUGGUGGCCAGGCCCAUCCUGGGGUGGCAGUCUGCUGGGCACACUCCAGGGUGGUGUGUUUUUAUCCAGAAGUGAUUAGCUACACAUCAGUGUUUGAAGAGAAAAAGUGACCUUUUUUUUUCUUCUUGAAAACUUGAGAAAAAACAAAAUACUACUGAUUUUUUUUUUUUUUUUAAGGAACAGUGCAUGGCUGCGGAGCGGUAGAGGUGUAUAUUUUCAUGACGUGGGAGGCUGGGCUGCUCUCCCGACCUGGCGGAACGUCUGGUUCCCGCCCCCGGGCCGCAGCCAUGCUCUGUCUUCUGUAGGAUGUGACCUCCUGAGAAUGGCCAGCCCUGCCGGCUGGUCCAUUUCUACCUUCUAUUGAACCACUUUGAUUUGGGGAGAGAAGAACUAGAACUUUUUGAUAGUGUGGUAAAACAUUGAACUAUUUUAGUAAAAGGUAACAGAGAAGAUUGUGACAGUGUAUACUUUGCGCUAGAUAAAUAAAGGCUCUUUGCAAGCCUC